ACCACAACACAAAGGCAAAGAGUUCAUUUUCCCCUUCUAGCUUAAAUGGUUCUUUUGAUUCGCAAAGUAGUGUUUGAACGAACAAAGGCAAAAGUACCGGUCCGAUUGCAAAAUAGAAUAUCGGUUAAGAACUAAACCGGAGCCAGAGUAACGGAAUAUACUUGAGAGACCUCUCAGUGGGAAGGCACUGAAACUCUCACUUCUUCUUCUUCUUCUUCUUCUUCUUCUUCUCUCUCCCUUGCAUAGUUUUCAGUUUCGAUCUAUAAAGUUUCCAACUUCGUGUGGGUCGUAUUUUCAAAUGGGAAGUGGAAGAGAUAGAGACGACCCUUUAUCAUUUACCAGCAAUCAAUCUACGGCGUCGUCUCCGGUCACUGUAUCUGACUAUCUCGACACCUUUCUCGGCGAACCCACUUCUCGUUCCGGUAGUUUUCAGAGCGACAGCUUACUCGGUGGAGGCGGUGGAGAGAGCAUCAACGACGCUGAUUUCGGAUUCGCUCGUCCUGAUUUCCGAUCGGAGCAACUCGCUGGGACUGUACAGUUUUACGAGAGGCAUGUUUUCUUGUGCUACAAAAAGCCCUCAGUUUGGCCCGCUAGGAUCGAGGCUGCUGAGUUCGAUCGAUUGCCUAGGCUACUCUCUGCCGCUGUAUCUGCUAGAAAGGGUAGCAUGAAGAAGGAGACUCGACUCACAAUAUGUGAGGGCCAUGAUGGAACAGAGACAUCCAAUGGGGAUGUACUUAUCUUUCCUGAUAUGAUAAGAUACAGAAGGUUGACUCAUUUUGAUGUGGAAACGUUUGUGGAAGAGGUGCUUGUGAAGGAUGGUGAAUGGCUGCCUGGAAAUCCUGAAUUGCUAAAAGGCUCAUAUGUCUUUGUAUGUUCCCAUGGAUCCCGAGACCGGCGAUGUGGGGUUUGUGGGCCGUCGCUGGUUAGUAGAUUCAGAGAAGAACUUGAGUUUCAUGGUCUUCAAGGUAAAGUGUCAGUUAGCCCAUGUUCUCACAUUGGUGGUCACAAAUACGCUGGGAAUGUUAUCAUCUACAGAUCAAACAUCAACAGGGAAGUCACAGGACACUGGUAUGGGUAUGUGACGCCAGAAGAUGUACCUAUUCUCUUGGAGCAGCACAUGAACAAAGGCGAGAUUGUAGACCGGCUAUGGAGGGGUGAAAUGGGUCUAACAGAAGAAGAUCAGAAGAAAACUCAAGAAGGGCGGGUUCAGCUAAAUGGUGCAGUCCAUACGAUACAGAGCAAUGAAGAAGUGUCUCAGGAAUCAUCAAGUCACAGCGCCGAUGUUUCGUGUUGCCAGUCGCGAGCUGCAGAACCUAACGGUUGUUGCCAGCAAAAUGGGAACAGCUCUUCAUGUUGUCAAGACGACACAAGUCUGAUGUUGUUGUCUCUGGAACAAACAUCAGAAGAUAAUCAACUUGAAAGUGGAAACAAGAAUGAGAAGCUAACACCGGGAAGAAAAGUUGCAGAAAAGACAUUCUUUAGAAUAAAUAGUGAGAAAGGAUCUUCAACACGUAAGGUUUGUGGAAUACCAACAUGGCUAGAGAGCUGGGAGCGAGAAGAUACAUAUGCUGCACUUGCUGUUGUCUGCGCUGCUGCUUCUGUGGCUAUUGCUUAUACUUGCUACAAACAGUUGUAAUGAAGACAUAUGUUAGCCCUAAGAUGAUUAUGUUCUUGUUUCAGCUUUCAGACUACAUUUCCCCUUUGAAAGAACGAUCCAUGUUAAAAACUGUUUGAUAAUAUGUAAUUUAUGUGCUCCUAUCCUACU